GGUGGGGGGACGGAUGACUCACAGUGUUAUGAUGCAGUUCCACAACACACAGCUACAUUCACCCACAGACCGAGGUACAGACGAGAGACAACCUCUGGCCCCCCAGCAGCUGGCCAGCUUGGCAGCCCCAGUCUCGAGCCCCUAACUACUCUCCCCCGCCCCCAUCCCCUUCCCAAUUGAAGGAGCGGAAAGAGAAGAGAGAAGAGUGAGCAGAAAGAUUGAGAGAUUGAGAGAGAGAGAGAUAGACGGAGAUCUCUGGAGCAGACCUCAAGGUGACUUCCAUUUCUAUCUGGUUCACGUCUGGGGGGGCCCUGGCCGGGCAGCCCCCCCACAUUUCUCCUGCCCCGAAACACGGCUCUAGCCAACCUGCUUCGCUGCUUCACCUGCGACCGACUGUGUGGGGGCUGCACGGCGCCAGCCCCUCCAGCCCGCCAGGGCAUCGUCCUCCAGCCCGUCAUGCCCAGCUGCGACCCAGGCCCGGGCCCUGCCUGCCUCCCCGCCAAGACGUUCCGCAGCUACCUGCCUCGUUGCCACCGCACCUACAGCUGCGUCCACUGCCGUGCGCACCUGGCCAAACACGAUGAGCUUAUUUCCAAGUCUUUCCAAGGGAGCCAUGGCCGAGCCUACCUGUUUAACUCCGUGGUCAACGUGGGCUGUGGACCAGCCGAACAGCGCCUCCUGCUCACGGGGCUCCACUCGGUAGCUGAUAUUUUCUGCGAGAGCUGCAAAACCACGCUGGGCUGGAAAUACGAGCAGGCUUUUGAGACGAGCCAGAAGUACAAGGAGGGGAAGUACAUCAUUGAAAUGUCACACAUGGUGAAGGACAACGGCUGGGACUGAGGGGCUCAGGCAGGCUGUGCCCUUCCUCCGCAUGCCCACCCUCCCGCACCCGUCCCCGGGCCCUGCCAAGCAGUCCAUACCAGCAUGAGUACUGCCCCACCCCUGGGGGGAACCCAGCUCCCGGCACCCCUCCCCCGCCUCCACCUCAUCACCCCCAGGCCCCUUUGGAACAGGGGUCUGGGGUACCCCAGGGGUGUUCAAGGCUCAGGAGUGGGCAGCAGUCAGGGAGAGCCAGAACUGGGGAAAGGGGAUGGUUGCAGGUUCUUCUAGCCCUAAGAUCCUGAAAUGGAGGUGAGGGCAGGGCGAAGAUCAGGCAGAGGACCAAGGGAGGACCCGUUUCUGCCCCAAACUCUUUUUGAGUGAACGGAGGACAAGUUUUGAGGCAUGGGGCUGGUAGAUCCCAGCCCACAGAAUAGCAGGUGAGAAGGGGCUCGAGUUGGGAGUGAAAUCUUGGCUUCAGACACUGCGACACACCGGAGUCUGAGGGUGAAGUUUCCCACCCCUGUUUGUAGGAGAAAGCAUUCGGGGGUAGAAGGAAAGAAAUCCCAGAUCCCAGGCCCUGGGAAAUGAAAGAAUCACAGGGGUUUCCAUUUUACUCCACUUGUUAGUUUAUCUUGGCACUAAAGAGGCACUUUCGAGUACGUGACUUUCGCCAGGGGGUGGGGUGGGAGAAGCUGCUGCUGGAACAGCCCCCACCCCCCACUGGCUGUUUCCAGAGCGAGCCGUCCGUACGGGCAUUCUGAGGCCCAGCCACUGCUCCCUGGGACCCAGUCCCUUGGAGGGGAGGUGGGACAUCAGUGCCACGGGGCCAGGCUUCCUCGUGGCUGCCACCAGCGAAUGAAACUUUUGUAUGAUACAUAAAGUGUUUGGGUCUAUUUUUAAUAAAAAGGGGAAAAGCAACCGUGA